AUGCCGGCCGUCGCUCUAAUAUUAAUGUGGCUUUGCGCCAUUACUCUGAUAUCACUGUCAGUUGCAUACAACAUACCGAUAGGCCUUUCACUCCGGCGAGCCUCUAAUCUACCCCAUUUUGACAACACACCUGUGUUAGCCAGCCCUGUCAGCUGGCUAGACAAAUCUCCUCAACCAUCCUCCACUGUAUCCCAAAGGAAAUCUGCGAUAAGCUCACGACGCGAUGCUAAAUACAUGUUUGACGAGAGGCAGUUCAAUGCUACUACUGCACCUACAUGUAAUGACGCUCUGAGUGGGGUGAAAUCGGUGUCCAACCCUUCCGGGCUCGCCGCGUGUUUUAAUAUCGCUUUCCUGAACGAGGACACAAGCAUCUUCGGUGCUGAUAUUAGAUUAUAUUACAUAUCCAACGCAAAUGGAGAAUUCAACAACACUCGGUGGGAAGAUUUUGAUUUAAAACCGGACUCUCGACUUAUCGACAUCUCUGGAUUGAAACGUGUCUUCCAGAAUUCUACCUCAAGCGUAAAGGAAGACUCACCUCAUCUGGUAAUGCAGUGGCAGUAUAGCGGCAGGGUAAACGAGCUUAUCCCGAUCAAGAAGUUGACUCUUGAUGAACACCGCUAUCUCCUCUUACCAAAUAUAUCCAUCACCACAAACUCUCCCAGCCAACCUGACACUCUUAUCCAAACAAACAUUGCACCCGAUACUCUCUCCUACACCGCUGGUUAUUUAGCCAACGGCACCCAUCUACCAUACAAUAUCACCACCGGCGAAGCCAAGACCCAAUUAAAAUACAUUAUCCUCGCAUCCUUAGAAUAUGAAAUACCCGGUAUGAGUCUUGGUAUUUUCCCUAUGGGUCUAAUAGUGACUGGAGUAUGGGCCGGGCUAUUCAUAGCUAUAGUUGGCUAUGGAACAUUCGAGCGAAAACAGUAUCGCGAUUUCCAUGAAAGGCGGUUGAAAUAUGCUGCCUCUACGAGAGGUUAUGGCAAUAGACCUAUUGUACCUUAG